ACAUUAUAUAAACAUUUCGCUAAAUAAUAUAAAAUAGUUUAGAUCUUUGUAAUUAUUUAGCAUAAUUAUAAAGGUAUAAAUAAUUUGAUAAUAAAUUAAAAAUUAAAUGGCGAAUAUCGACUCUGUCAACCAUAGCCGAUUGAAGAACCGUACACAACAUAUAUAAAUAUGUCACGAGCAGGCACGAAACUUGACUCAAAAAAAGUUAAUUCUGAAUUGUUUACAUUGACAUAUGGAGCAUUGGUAGCCCAAUUACUAAAGGAUUAUGAAAAUGUAGAAGAUGUAAACAAACAGCUGGAAAGAAUGGGUUAUAAUAUGGGAAUUCGUUUAAUAGAAGAUUUCUUAGCUCGAACUGGAUCUGGUCGAUGUUAUGACUUUCGAGAUACAGCUGAGAAAAUACAAACUGGGUUUAAAAUAUUUUUGGGAAUAACACCGACGAUCACAAAUUGGAGUGCUGCUGGUGAUGAAUUUUCUUUAUGUUUUGAAGCAAACCCAUUAACAGAAUUUGUUGAAUUACCAGAUCAUUGUUUAAAUUUAAAAUAUUGUAAUGUAUUAAUUGGAGUAUUAAGGGGAGCUUGUGAAAUGGUACAAAUGGAGAUCGCCUGUUGGUUUGUACAAGAUCAACUAAAAAAUGAUAAUGUAACUGAAUUACGCGUUAAAUUUAUUAAAAGAUUAGAAGAUGCUAUCCCAGCAGGUGAAGAUUAAAUAAUCUUGUUAUUAAAGGUUAUGGAAGUGAAGUGCAAACGUUGUA